AGCAAUGCUGAAAAUUAGAUGUUGAGCUCACUUCCAUAGUGCUUCCAUCUCUGGUGUUGAUUCCACUUCCACCAAGUCUUGAAAUCUGAAACAGAGUGUGACACUUAGUAUCGAAUAAAUACUGCGGAGUGAUUUGGGGCAGUUUGUGCAUCUGAAAGAAAUCUUACAAUUAGCAACAUGAGAAAGUACUACUGAGCUGUCACUCUUCACCAGCAGAUGGUGUUAUCAGAAAAAGUGAACCAGCUGAUGGAAUGGGCUAGUAAAAGAUCCGUUAUUCGAAUGAAUGGAGACAAAUUUCGACGCCUUGUGAAGGCACCACCCAGAAAUUACUCGGUGAUUGUGAUGUUCACUGCUCUUCAGCCUCACAGACAGUGUGUUGUGUGCAAGCAAGCUGAUGAGGAAUACCAGAUUCUGGCAAACUCCUGGCGAUAUUCCAGCGCAUUUACCAAUAAAAUCUUUUUUGCUAUGGUAGAUUUUGAUGAAGGCUCAGAUGUAUUUCAGAUGCUAAACAUGAAUUCUGCUCCAACCUUCAUUAACUUUCCUGCUAAAGGGAAGCCCAAACGAGGUGACACAUAUGAACUUCAGGUGCGUGGCUUUGCAGCUGAACAGCUUGCUCGUUGGGUGGCUGACAGAACUGAUGUCAAUAUUCGUGUGAUAAGGCCGCCAAACUAUGCUGGACCAUUGAUGUUAGGACUGCUGCUGGCUGUCAUCGGAGGCCUGGUAUAUUUACGUGGAAGCAACCUGGAUUUUCUCUAUAACAAAACUGGCUGGGCGUUUGCUGCUUUGUGUUUUGUGUUAGCAAUGACAUCGGGCCAGAUGUGGAACCACAUCAGAGGUCCACCCUAUGCUCAUAAGAAUCCCCAUACAGGACAAGUGAACUAUAUCCAUGGAAGCAGCCAAGCCCAAUUUGUGGCAGAAACACACAUUGUUCUUCUGUUCAAUGGUGGUGUUACUUUAGGAAUGGUACUCCUCCACGAAGCUGCUACUUCUGACAUGGAUGUUGGGAAAAGAAAAAUUAUGUGUAUUGCUGGUAUUGGCUUGGUGGUGGUGUUCUUCAGCUGGUUGCUGUCUGUCUUCAAAUCUAAAUACCAUGGCUACCCAUACAGUUUCCUAAUGAGUUAAAGGAUUCCAGAAUCUGUAACAUCACAAAGGUGGCGACUCUGAAACUGCGUGUAAUGGAAUGGAAGAGCUAGAUAUGUAUGGUUCGUGCUACCUCUCUUUACACUGAAUGAGAUAGUUAAACACUGAACCAAAGAGGACAUGUAGUGCCUUAAAUAUAACAAGCAAUUUACUCUGAAGGACACAGAGUAUUAAGAUGCAAUCUCUUUUUUUCAUAAGCUUUACAUCUUCUUAAACAAUUCUACUUCUAGUGAAAUUCAGAACUUAAUGCUUAGAACAACAUUUCUGUAGACUAACUAGAAACAGUACUUUAAAUUCAAUUUCAUAAUCUGUUUUCCAUACGUUUCUUUUUCCCUCGAAUAUUUAUCACUUUAUUUCCUGUUUGCGCAGAGCAGGUGACAACAGCUUCUCUGUCAUACUUUUUCAUGGUUGAGAAAACAUCUUCAGGUACCCGGAAAUCUUUUCUUUUAGUCUGUGUGCGACCCUUGGAGCAUACUCCAAAUUCCAGUGUGGAAUGUGCAUAUCCUAGAGCUGUGUCUCAUUUUUGAGAAGAGUACUUAACUGCUGUAUGAUGCAAGAGGUUGUUUCACAGAUGAAGGGAGAAUUUUGAACGGGUAGAACUGAGUUAUUCAUUCAAUUAUUCGUUAAAAAUUUUCUUUGCCAAAUGCUGAAACUGCAACAUUUGAGUUGUAAACAUUGGCUCAGAGCCAAAAUAACAGUUUUAUACUGAUCAACGCUCACACUCUCAAAACUACAAACCCAAACUACAAAGGUAACUAGCUAUCUGUAGCAUGAAUUUAAGGUUGCUAACUGGCUUUCAAGUUACUGCUCAGAGCCCUGACAAACUGACAGGUAUCAGAUUUUUGGUCAGUAUCUGAAUUCUGGCAUUCUCUACUUAUUUUCUCCAAGUUUUUAUCCUUGGGGAGGAUAUGGGAGUGGGUAAAGAUAUCGAAUCCCAGGAUAAAGAUUAUUACCCCAGGAAAGAUUUGUUAGCCUCACAAUUGAAUGCAUGUGCUUUUCGCUCUCUCCUUCUGUUCUUUCAUCUCACGAAGAUACUUUGCCUUAAGGAUUCUUGAGUGGAAGACGCUGUGCCUCAGCCCAAACGGUUGUGUAGUUCAGCACCUGUACUACAGGAAAUUUUUGCAGCCUGAUUCGGUAAUACUUCCUUUGGUAGGCUGUGGUGGCCUUGGAGGUUACUAGUCAGAGGAAAAUAUGCUGAGACUUUUGUCUCCUGCUUCUGCUUCCCCCUUGUCUCAAGGGGUUACAGAAUUUGGACGCUUUAGAUUGAAUCUCGGGAAGGACUAUAUCAUUCAAAAUAGAAUGUUGUUAUUAGCAAUUUUGCUAAAUUAACACACAUCUCAAGUGCCUUAACUUCACUAAUUUAGUUGUUUGAUGUUUCAACUUGUUGAAAUGCAUUUUUCUAUGCCAUACAGAAUGACAAGCCUUAGUGGAAUGGAUAAAUUGUGUGCCUGAUGGGAUUUUGGACAAGUUUCAAUAAAAAUUUUUAGUC